ACGCUCCUGAACGGAAACACCUCCUCCACGGUCAUGUACGGUUUUGUAAUAGUUCAGUUUUUUGACUUUGACGGCAGCGUCUGUUUUUGAAUACAUAACUGACACCGUCUAGUAUCGAUACGAGCAUGUUUGCCUCUUUGUGACACAAAUGGAGAAUUCAGAGACCAGUCCAUCCCCUGGAUCCCUUGCAGUGCCGGACAGGGGUAUGACACGACCCUCAGGCCCCCCAGGUCAGCUGUCAGAGUCAGCCAGGCUCUCCAAGCACAGGGAGCACCCGUCCAAGUCACCAAGGAGACGGCGGGAAGGGAAGAGGUCGCAGCGACGGGGGGAUGGUCAGGAACAGCUGCUCUGGGAGAUCGAGCGGCGCAGGUUGCCAGGCCAACACGAGCACUUGGAGCCCUCCGGGUCAACGAGCGACACAGCGGAAAGCUCACCUAAGAGGAGAGCACACUUUCUACAUGGACCGUACCCAGCCACUCACUUCGGACCCAAAGCCUGUAUUCUUCCCAACCCUACUUCAGUCAUGCACAUCCAGGACCCGGCCAGCCAGCGGCUCACCUGGAAUAAACCUCCAGUCAACGUGCUUGUCAUCAGGAAAAUCAGAGAUGAUAGCUUGGUCGAGCCGUUCAAAGAGCUCUGCAGGUUUUUAGUGGAGGAGAAGCAGAUGAUGGUGUACGUGGAGCGCAGGGUCGCGGAUGAUGCUACGCUGUCAAAGGACGAGGCCUUCGGCUCCAUACGCAAUCAGCUGUGCACCUUCAGGGAGGGUUAUGAUGAUAUCUCUGACUGCAUAGACCUGAUCAUCUGUCUGGGUGGAGAUGGAACUCUGCUCUACGCCUCCUCUCUUUUCCAGGGCAGCGUUCCUCCAGUUAUGGCCUUUCACCUUGGUUCUCUAGGGUUUCUGACGCCCUUCAAGUUUGAGUCAUACAAGACUGAAGUGGCCAAAGUAUUUGAAGGAAACGCAGCAAUCACUCUGCGCAGUCGUCUGAAGGUGAAGGUGGUGAAGGACAUGCUUCAGAGGACAGGCCAGCAGUCGUACAGCCGAGAGCCACCGCAGCAGCAACAGGAGCACAACGGACUCCUUCCUCACGGACACACUAACAGUGAGGCCGGCAAGGUCACCCUGCAGCUACAGGUGUUGAAUGAGGUGGUGGUUGAUCGAGGCCCGUCUUCUUACCUGUCUAACGUCGACCUGUAUCUCGAUGGACGACUCAUCACCUCAGUGCAGGGAGACGGUGUGAUUGUGUCCACACCUACAGGCAGCACAGCAUAUGCAGCUGCAGCAGGAGCCUCAAUGAUCCACCCCAACGUACCUGCCAUCAUGGUCACCCCCAUCUGCCCACACUCGCUCUCCUUCAGGCCUAUCGUUGUCCCUGCGGGGGUGGAGCUCAUGAUUACUCUGUCUCCAGAUGCCAGAAACACUGCCUGGGUGUCAUUUGAUGGCAGGAAGAGACAGGAGAUCCAGCAUGGAGACUGCAUCAAGAUCACUACAUCUUGCUACCCAGUGCCAUCCAUCUGUUGCCAUGACCUGGUAUACGACUGGUUCGAAAGCCUGGCUCAGUGUUUGCACUGGAAUGUACGCAAGAGGCAGGCGCGACUGGCAGACGUCUCAGACUCAUCAGACACCGAAAACUGAGUCAGCUGGUGCUUUUUACCGGAGUUAAAGACAUUCAGUCGACACUUUCUACAGCAGCUGAGUGAGUGAGAACAAGGGCGGGUGGGGGUGGAGUGGGGGUCAGGUUGUUUCUGAGAUGACCACAUGGUCAGCCUGCAGACAUUUUCAUGACAAACACUGGACUGUAACAGUGAGAGCAUGUGUCUACAGCCAAAGCAGUGUUAGCAGUAGUCUGAUGAAUAGCAUGUACAAUGAGCUUACUGUGUAUUUUCUACACAGAGUCAUCGUCUCACUACAUUCCAGUACAUAAACACUGCAGUUUUAUCUGUUGCUUACGGGGAGAAAGCAUGUCUCUCACCUGUUUACAUAAUCCUGUGAUGUGAAUGACGAGGAUGAGCUAAAGCUCGUCUUAAAUACUCUGUUGAAUGGCUUAAUCAUCAACGUGAUGAUCAGUGUAUGAGCUGUAGAUGUUAUUGGCAUGACUUUGAGAGAUGAUACGUAGAAAUACACUGAAAUUAAACAAAAGGACUGAUUCUGCUGAACUUCAAUGUAAAUUUGUACAUAUGGGAUUCUAGGAUAAGUUUAUUUCAUGUCAUGUUUAUUGUGAUAUUUAUAUAUUUUCAAGAUAGGACACUGUAAAAGUAACAGACUUCUAAUACAGAGUCAACCAAAGACUGACAUAUGUGAUCGUUCUCCGCUAAUCUUAUCAGUGCUUCAGAUCCUACUUUAUUGCUAUAAAAGAAAUUUUUUCAGUUUUCAAAAAUUCUACAAAAAGACUGGAUGCAGUGGAGCAAAACAAAAAGGAAGGAGUCUGAGAGUCUUAAACCAGCUGUCGUUUUCAUGAUCAUUAACCUGUCAAAGUCUGUAGCAGGAGGCAGUAGUUAGAGAAUAAAGCACUAAAAACGUAA